AUCCUCCUCUACUAACACCACCAGGCAGCACUCCUCCGUGCUUGCCAGGUCCAUACACCAUCCUUUCCUUUGGCUCAUGAGUGCUUCCGUUGGUGGUUUUGGUCUCCUCUCCCUCAGCACUCCCCUCCUCCUCUGGUCAGACAAUGUCCACGCACGGUCCGAGUUCAGGUCCUUCUUAUUCGCUCUAGUCAUCCUCGUCGUCGUCCUCAUCCUCGCCUACCUCACCAACCCGUCAGAGACCUCGUUCCGCGCCUACCUCACCGAACAGUCCUUUCGCCAGCAUCUCAGCAGGCUCGACGACCCCUCGGAUGACGUAUCGGAUCCUGACCCAGGCUUGCCCCGGACACGACCCAACGCUACCCUCCCCUUCCACUUCGCGAGCCGCGCGUCCGUCUCGCUUCGCACGCCAAAACACGUUUUCCACAGCUUUGGAAUAUGCACUAUUGCCACUACCCGUGGUAAUGGCAGCGCGCACCAUCACAAUUCCUCUGCUAGUGUCGAUCAAGACGGAUCAGUGGUCUCAGAUUCUUGGUUUAUCGGCGCAUUCGGCCGUUGGUGGCGCGGUGGGCUUGUCGAGUUUUGGUACCACCAUGCAAUGAUUCACUCCAAGGACGCCGAGGGGUGGAGCUCUGGCAUUCUCGGUUUCAAGGCCCUCGACAAACUCGAUUACAACCGCUUCCCUUUCGCUUCUGCUUCUGCGGGCACGUUGCCAUCUUCGAUUCCACGCAUUGCCCCGAAGCUCCGCAACAGGGAGAGAUCGACAUCACGUCUGCUGGCGCGGCGUAGCUCGACGCCCCCGCCGCUGCCCAAGUCAGCCUCGCUGCCGCUGCAUGCAGACCAUCAACACCGCCAGCCGGACGUGCACUCGCGUGCGCACACGCCAACGCCGCAGGCAGUGCCGGUUGCGUCGACGAUAACGGCAACGCCCACUCCGCAUCCGUCGCAGGACUCCGCACAGAUUUCACCGCAGAUUGCCGAGGUGUUGCGUCAGAUAUCAAACACGCAAACUUCGAUUGCGGAGUUGCGGGGGCAGCUGACGGAGGUGCGGGACGCUGCUGCGCAGAGCCAUAGUGCACUGCAGGCGGAGGUUGAGGUGCUCAGGGAGGAGAAGAAGACCGAUGACGUGAGGCGCGCGAAGGGCAAGGCUGAGGCGAAGGCGUUGGAGGAGGCGAAGCGGGGUGCGGAGGGGACGAAAAAGGAGGCGGAGAAAAAGCUGAAGAGGGCGGAGAGGGUGAGGGAGGAUGCGAGGCGUCGAAUUGAGGAGCUGGAGAAGGAGAUGGGGCGGCUGAGCGCUAAUGCUCAGGAAGAUCGAGAUGCCGUGGAGAAGGGGAAGGAGGAAGUCGAUGAGAAGGAAAGGGAAGUGAUGGAGGAGCUGGAGGAGAAGAAAAAGGAAGUGAAGGUGGCGGAGGAUGUGGUGGCUGCGCUUAACGCGCGCGCGAAGGAGCUUGAAGAUCGCAUCGCGGAGGGUCAAGAGAGGCUUAGGCUUGCCAGGGAGCGUGCCGAGGCGGCGAAGAAUGACUUGUCCACUAAUUCUUCGCAUGCCUUCAGCCGUCGUAGCAGCUCUGAAAACGACGCAAACUUCCAUCAUCAUGGAUCCGCCAUCGACGAAAUCUCGCCCUGGUCAUCAACGUUCAAUCCCUUUGAUGUCACGGAUGAUGUACUCUCCUCACCAGGGCGCUCUGUCGCUGACUCGUCGACGAGCCCUAUCCUGUCCCGGUCUCCCCGUCCUGCUCGGCUUUCUCUCGGUGCUCUAUCCAAUUUCAGCAGCAAACCGUUCCCCGACAACGAUGGCUCAGCAGAGUUCCGGUCCAAGGGCUACGCCAUCUUUGACGACGACAUUGCUUCCCUGUCGCAUCGCCCGUCCCACUCGGUCCCUUCCCUGCUAUGCGCACCGCAGAUAAGCCCCACCAACGGUCUUACAUCCUCUUCGACGUACCCUUCGAUGAGCGACAAUUGCGAGUCUUCUGCAGCUUUGAUCCCAAGCAGCCUCAUUAGCGUGCUCGACUCUGCACUCGAGACCCCCGGCGUGGCGUGCCUCCCGUUCUAUCAACAGCAGCAGAACCAGUCGGAUCUCCAUGUACACACACUCGUUCCCUCCGACUCGGCCGGCAGCACGUUCUCGACGUCCCCCGUGUCGCUGUCGGCGGCGUCGUUUAGCGGACCGUCGCCUCCUUCGACGGAGCUGGAUACGCCUUCACCAUUCGAUGCGCGUAUGGCUUUCGAGAGUAUGGGGAUUCCGUAUCGUACGAACUCGGACCCCACGCAGGCGUCUUCCGGCAGCGAGGACGCUGCGGUUGCUCCCGCCACGAGUGCGCCGAGGAGGUGGUUCUCGACCUCGGCCAGGGAGAAGGAGAAGCCGAAGAAGGGUCUCAACCCAGACGCCAAGGUGUUCCAUUUCUCGAGGCGCGUUGGAAAGCCCCAGACGGGUGCUGCUGUCAACGGCAAUGGCAAUGUCAUUGCAAACGUGACCAUGCACGGCGGCUCGGUGUCGUUCGAUGCCCUUAACCCAUCGACGGUAGCGGCGGCCUCGAGCGGCACAGGCCACACGCUCGCGAACCUCUUCGCCGCGCACCACGGCCACUCGCAUUCGCAUUCGCUCUCGCACACGAGCUCGUCGCUCCUGCGCGCGUUCGCGCCCUCCCGCGCUGAGCGCCGCGCCCUUGGCGGGCUGACGCACACGAGCCUCGAGCGCCUGCCGAGCCUGAGCGACGUGGGGAGCAUCCCGUCGUCGCCUGUCCCGCCUCCCCCUGUGCUGUCCUCUGCUGCUGCCGCAGCUGCGCUUGCCGGCACAGGCAAGGUGCGCGGGCUCAUCGGCGACGAAUCGCGCGUUGCGAGCGGGUUCGGGAACGGGCAUGGACACGGGCUCUCGGACAGCCUCAGCCUCGGCGGGCUGCCGGCGUGGCUUGCUGCGCCGCCGAUUAUCCGGAAGCUCAAGUUCAGUCCGUUCAGCGACGAGGACGAGGACAGCGAGGGGAGCGGAAGCGCGAGUGCGAGUGUGAGUGCGGGCGGGGACAAGGAGGUUUAAUGCGGUCUGAGCCGGGCGGGUUGCGGCGAUUGCGGCGAUCCGUUUGUGCUGCGUCUGGCUGUGUCCGUGCCGUUCUCUUGCUGGUCUUGUUCUGUGGUCUCGUGUGCUUUUUGUAGGCUGUCAAACGGGGAAGAUGGGUGUGGGUGUGGGGAUUGGAGAGGUGGGCGAAUAAUCUGGGAUACGCGGGGAAACGGGGGCGGGGGAAGAAGUGAAAGGGGAGAAGGAGGCGAGGGGAAGUGGAUUAAACGAGCUCGAUCGUCAGCCUUAGUACUAGUCUAGUGGUCGUCGUCCGUGGUUCUUCCUUCUCUGUGUUACAUCUUGUUCGUUCGUUAUAAGUAAGCCAAAGUGC